AUGAGGUCCCCCCAAAAUACACGAGUGCCAAUGAAACUAUGGCAUCACAAUCAACCUAUCAUGACCUCUUAAAUGUCCAGUCAUAUGAGGGUGAAGCAAUCAUCAAAUAGGAAGCCUAUUUCACAGAAGUCUAAAAAUGUCCAACAUUUGUGCAAUCCACCCUAUCUUAUAGAUGAAUUGACAUUAUUGACGUUUCUAAGGAGAAGCUUGUUAUCAAAACAAAAGCUUUUCUCUCUUUUUACACCCUCAUAUUUUCUUGGGUGCAGUGAUGGUGUUUUGCGCUUGAUAAGAUAUUGCCAAUCACGGCAGUGACAUCAGUGACACACCUAAGACCUAAACUGAUGGUGACAAAUGCAACAUGCGCAGUAUCCAAAAGUAAAACCAUUUAAAAUAUGUUGAUAAACAAGCACGCAAGACCAGUUCACAUAUCUUCGUUUAGUAGUCAUUAUGCAGAGUUUUUUCUAGAGUUUUUUCUACUUUGAUUUCAACACACAAAAAAGAAUCAUUAAACAUAAUACAAAUUGAUGUACUUAAGGUUGCUUCAACAGAUACUAUUGCAUUAUUAAUGGUAUUUCUUAAAGUACAUUGGAGUACCAUUAAAAUACCAUUGUACAUGCAUUUCAGCAGCAUCAAACUUCAGUUUUACAGUUUUACAUUCAUAUUUAGUAAAUAAAAUUAUUGUUUAAGUUUCAAUCUAGAGAGACACUCUAAGUAUUUAGAUAAACAAAUAAGAGAGCAUUAAAAGGAAAAAAAUAGAGGACAGCAUCAAAAAACAAAUAUAUAAAUAUUUGUAUAUAAAAUCUUUAAAUAUAUAUCUUAAAAUACAGAAAAAAGACAAAAGAAGAAGAAUACAGAAAUGUGGUCACCUAAUUAUGAUGUGGCUAUAUACCUGCACACCUUUAACAUGUCAACAUGCACUUUAAAGAUACUCUGUGAACUUUGACCAAAAUAAAACCCUUGGCGACCAUGACAAAAAAAGUCAGUUUUACAUCUUAAGUUAUUGACACAAAAAUAACACCAACUUUGUCAUGGAGAAAAGGAGUAUUCUUAAGUUUUGACAUCAUUUGUGUGAGUCAGCAGAGGACAGACGUGAGAGCAGGGUGUGAUUUGCUACGCCACAUCUGUAGCUCAUUUCACAUCUGGAGGGAGGGGGGUUGUUCCAUGAGCUCAGAGCCAGACUAUAAGUUUUGGGCUUUUGAAAAUGAGAGGUUAGUUCAAAACUAGACAAGGAGCAAACUAAACCUUGCUGAAGAAUUAUCUGCUGGAGUCAGAUACAACAGCAUUUCAAAAUGGACAUCAAACCAGUAUUACGGAAAUUUGGCACUGUGACACGAGCGAUCCUUACAUUUCUCUUUGCUUUUCUCGUACUCGGGGUGAUGAUAUGGGCGUACAUUAAAGGUUUCCAAGUAGCCUCGUCUCCCUUCAACAUAAUCUCAUUCGGUUUCUAUGGCGUGCUGCUCAGCCUCCACAUCCUCGUCCAAAGCUUUUUCGCCUUCAUGGAGCAUCGCCGGAUGCGAGCGAGACAAAAACCGUGCACGUACACCAAGACCAUUGGCUUUACCAUCUCAGCCUAUCAGGAGGAUCCUGACUAUCUGAUGGAGUGCCUACAGUCAGUAAGGGCAUUGCAGUACCCAAACGACAAACUCCGCAUUAUCAUGGUGGUGGACGGGAACUCGGACGACGACCGCUACAUGAUGGAGAUGUUUCGACAAGUCUUUGCGGAUCGAGAUCCUGGCUGUUAUGUGUGGCAAAACAACUACCACUCUUGGGAUCCCAGGGCCCAAGGAGAGAAUUUGGCUGCUGACGGCAUUGUCUUUGAGGACCCUCAGCGCUGGGAGGUUGAGGAGCUGAUCAGGACCAAGAGUUGCGUGUGUAUUAUGCAAAAAUGGGGAGGAAAGAGAGAAGUGAUGUAUACGGCCUUCAAGGCACUGGGAUCAUCGGUGGAUUACAUACAGGUAUGCGACUCAGACACAAAAUUAGACCCUCUGGCUACAGUGGAGCUAUGCAAAGUGCUGGAGAGUAAUGACAAAUAUGGUGCUGUGGGAGGCGAUGUGAUGAUCCUCAACCUUAAAGACUCCUAUAUCAGUUUCAUGAGCAGCCUGCGCUACUGGAUGGCAUUCAACAUCGAGAGAUCCUGCCAGUCUUUCUUUAACUGUGUCUCCUGUAUCAGCGGCCCAUUAGGUUUAUACAGGAAUGACUUGCUACAGCAGUUUCUGGAGUCCUGGUACAACCAGAAGUUUCUUGGUACUCAUUGCACCUUUGGGGAUGACCGUCAUCUCACCAAUCGAAUGCUGAGCAUGGGCUAUGCCACAAAGUACACCGCCCGUUCAAAGUGUUACACAGAGACCCCAGCCCAGUUUCUGCGCUGGCUAAACCAGCAGACUCGCUGGACCAAAUCCUACUUUCGCGAAUGGCUCUUCAACGCAAUGUGGUGGCACAAGCAUCACCUGUGGAUGACCUAUGAAUCCAUCGUCUCUGGCGUCUUUCCAUUUUUCGUUACUGCCACCAUCAUCAAGGUCUUCUGGACAGGCACUCUAUGGGACAUCUUGUGGGUCUUGUGCUGCAUCCAGAUUAUCGGUCUGGUGAAAGCGGCGUACGCGUGCAUUCUGCGACAAAAUGUGGUGAUGAUCUUCAUGUCAUUAUACUCUGCCCUCUAUAUGACCAGCCUCCUGCCCGCCAAAUACUUUGCCAUUCUCACCAUGACCAAAAGCAGCUGGGGGACAUCGGGUCGCCGAAAGAUGGUUGGCAACUACAUCCCUCUGUUACCUCUUUCAGUGUGGGCAGCCAUCUUGCUGGGAGGCCUGGGGUACACAAUUUACAGAGAAAGCCAGGCGAAUUGGACAAAACAGGAAAAAAAAGAGGAGACAAAGUUUUUGAUAUAUGGAUCUGUAGCUUAUGUGUGCUACUGGCUGAUCAUGAUUGGUCUCUACUGGAUUUGGUUUCGGAGAUUAUUCCGAAAACGCUCACAGACUUAUACUGUGAAUGUUUAGGACUGCACACAGUGUAUUAUUUAUUUAAGAACAUUUGCACAUUUGUUUACAUGUUGUUAUAGAAUAAGAAAGUACUUGAUGUAUUAAUGUAAGCAAGUUACAGUAUGAUGAAAAAUAGAUUGUUUACUGCAUAUAUUGUACUAGCAAUAGAGUUUGGAAAUGAAGGAAGUGACCAAUCAGAACGCACUGAAACUUGACAAUGAAUGGACAAAUAUGUGUAAAACACAUAUAAUUCUGGCAAGAUUUAGUUUUUUACCAUGUUAUCGUAUAUUAGUGAGGUUUACGAAGUGGUAUUUAUUUAUUACAUGACACAGACACAUAAUUUAUGACACACUUUUAUAUGUUAAUUUUAUGGAUCUUAGACACUGUGGAAAUACAACAGCAAGAAUCACAAUCUAUGGAUGUUUUCAUAUUUAUUAUGAAAAUGACUACUAAUGAAAAUAUGAGAGAAAUAUUUAAUGUGCCAGAAAUUUCAAAUACGUUGUUGUAAUGACUGUGUUAUCAAGUCAUUUUUAUGAAUUGUUUGUAUGUAAUGUGUAUGUUUUAUUUAUUUAUUAUUAUUAUAGGCUAUUUAUUGAAAUCUUUGAUGUUCUGUAAAUGUGAAUUUAUGUGUGUUUUUUGGUUGUAACGUAUGAGAUAAAAUAAAUUAUUUUUUAAGAAAGAUCAACUGAUCCUCUUUCAAUGGAAAAAUAUGAAGGUCUUAAAUAAUGCCUAAAAUGUUUGUCCAGCAUUAUUAACUGACAAUACACACUGAUCAUAUACAAAACAUACAAAAUAUUUCAACAUACAACAUGCAUGAAUUAAAAUGAAAUGAGUAGACAGAAUAAUGUAAACAAUUCAAAACAUUUACAUCAAGGCAAAAUUUACAAAUGGCAAGUCGAUCUAAAUAAAAGAAUCUGGUAAGGUAAGAAAUGUACAUUUCUAAAAUCUUACUAUUUAACUGAUCUCACAUAGGUUAUAUAUAUUUUUGUGACAUUGCUGUCAGAUAUUAAAGUACAUUAGUUUACAAAUACGUUAGUUAUCCAAAAUAAAACAUUGAAUCUGGGAUUGAAUCUCAACAGCAUCAUGCUAGGCUAGUCAAAAAUGUAUACUUUCCUGACAUAUGUACAACCCUGACAUAAAUAAUACUGUAGGAUAACAGUACUCAAAUAAGUUAGGAUCACUUAUUAUUGACCUUUGGCAUACAGAAUGAAUGGCAAGUAAAAAAUGUACCUUUGCAUGUGAUUAAAUGAAUCUGGUCAUGUGUAAACGCAGACUGAAUCACAGGGAGGUGGAUGUUGUUUUGUGCUAAUUGCUUCUGUUUUAUGAAGAUUUGUUUUGGUGUUGUACCAUGUGUACAUUGUUACCAAAGGCAACUAAAGGUGGACACCAAUAACAAGAGGUUAAUUAUUAAAAAUCAUAUUCAAUACAAAAAUUAUAUUUGUUUGAAAAGUUAAAAUUGACUGCUUUACAAUAUAUGUGACACCACUUGUGAAUACUAAGCUGUGAUUUACUGUUUUCUACAUAAAAUCAUUCUACAUAAAUAAUAUUCUGUGAAAAUAUAACCUUGAUAUAGUUAAUAUUGACUGAGUAAGGUCAUGUCAAAGAUUGAAAUCAAUGUGAAAUGAAUAGCUGAAACCAAACUUUGAUUCUCAUUAUCUGAGAAUUUGAUUUUGAGACUUUAGUCUGGUUGAUAUACUGAUUACAAGCAGCAUUGGAAGUUUACUCAUUUUCCAGGCGGCUCUAUGUGUGAUGUCAGUUCUCUUCCAACGUGUUAAACACGUCACAAAACAAGUGUUUACACCCCAAAGCUAUUCACAUGUCAGCAUAGUAAAAUAUGUCCAGAAACCAAUAGUGUGAACAAGCACAGAUGCAAAUCCCUCUAAGUGUCCGACAUGUUUUAUCAGGUUCUUAUGUUUAGGUUGAGUAAUUUACAUUUAUUGGCAAUGAAAAAGUUAUUAGUCCGUAAUUGAAAUGCCUUAUUUUCACAAAUGUAACUUCAGACAAUUUAUUUUUAUUUAACACAUUUCACUGCAAAACCCAAGUACAUGCAAAAUGUUUCACUACAUAAAAGGUCACUCUCUGUCAAUAAUUUUGGUAAACCUCAUUCAUACCAUAAUCAUCGCAUUAAAAAAUCUGGAAUCUGAAAGUACAAAAAGUAUAUAAUAAUAAUAAUAUUGAGAAAGUCGCCUUUAAAGUGUCCAAAUGAAGUCCUUAGCAACGCAUAUUAUUGAUAAAUACAUGUUUUAUAUAUUUACGGUAGGAAAUUUACAAAAUAUCUUCUUGGAACAUUCCUUGCGGAUUCUUUUGCAUAAAAAAUAAUAAUUUUGACCCAUACAAUGUAUUGUUGGCUAUUGCUACAAAUAUUCCUGUGCGACUUAUGACUGGUUUUCUGGUCCAGGGUCACGAAUGGUGCUGUGUCCUUCCAUAGGAGCUAAUGAUUAUCUAAAAACAAUAUUGUAAAAAAGUUACUACCAUGCUCCUUACUUUACAAUACUGUUCCAGAUAAUCAUUAGCUUCUAUAAAGAAGGACAGAAAAACACUAAUUAUUGGUAUUUCCAAUCUAUUAAGGUACAAAAUAAUAUAAUGUGGCUGUGAUUGGCGUUUUUACAUUGUGAAAUAUAUUACAUAAAGUACCACUUACAAAUUAGGAUGUUAUUGUUUGGUAUAUUUAUUUUAAUUUAUAGCGCAGCACAAUAAACAUUGAAACUGAUGGGUCAGUUCUCAUCCACUGAUGACAUCAGCAAAUAUUUGCAUUAAUGUGGGUGGAGCUACAAAACCUUUUUACAAUGUAUGAAGCAAUGAUGUAAUCAGUGACCCCCUUACUAAUUAUCAUGGGAAGGUUUGGUAAAUAAUUCUCAAAAGCCGUUUUUAAACCAUUCCUAUGAUAUGACCUGCAAAUACACAAGUCAUUUAUGUGUGUUUUAAGUUAUACAAUGUGUGUGUUUAAACAUUUGAGACCAAAGAGCAAGAGCAAUUUAUCAUUUCUGAUUUGUUGGGAUUAGGUGUUCAAACUGUUAUUUCUGUAAUCUACAAUGUGUUUUAAAAGCAUAUAGAAUUGAUUUUCUUUAACAAGAAAGAUAAAAACACUUUACACAAAAGGACUUGACCACUGUAUGUUGUUAAACAAUCUAUCUAUCUGUCAUUACACUUCUGCUGCAUCUUUUCGUCCAUAUAAAAUAUCUCCCAUAUAGAAAUACAUGGUUUUGUCAAGUUAAAGUCUCUUGUUUUUCAAAUUUACCACUUGUGUGUUAAGAUCCAUUAAAUAAUUAAAGCUCUAUUAGUUAUACAGUAGCAAGUUUUUUAGGGUACUUUGUAUUUGGAGUGUGUCAAAGAGGUAAAUUGACGUUCAGUGUUUUAUUGUGAGCAUCAGAUUACUAUAAUUGUAUGGGUUAUCAUAAAGGUUUUUAAUGAGCGUCAUUACCUGUAUUAACCUUAACAAAUCAUUAUAUUUAUAGCAAUCUUCUUGAAUAGGAACAACAACACACCCUUUUCAUUAAACUUUUCUUUUAUAUUUUGUAUAUUGUCUGGUUGGGUGCUUGAAAGGUCCUUCACAUGAUGCCAUAGUAAACCAUUUUUGAUUCCACAAAGAAUCUUUCAAUCAUUUCUUUCCAACAUUUUAUAAUCAAUUGUGACAUUUUUAUAAUCUACCGUGAAGCAACUUAAACUCAAUUAUUCACUUCACUAAUGUUAAAUGUAAUCA